AUGGAACGUGCCCUAGGCGCCAAGAACAAAAUUGUGUUCAUCAAUGGCUCCAUUCAUGUUCCACGCGCCACUGAUCUUAAUCAUCUUGCAUGGGAACGUUGCAAUUGUCUUGUUCAAUCUUGGAUCAUGAAUUUUGUGAAUCCUCCUAUUGCUCAAACUAUAGUGUUUUUGGAGAAUGCUCUCGACGUGUGGAAUGAUCUCAAGGAAAGAUUUGCCAAAACCGAUCGUGUUCGUGUCUCUAAUCUGCGUGUUGCAAUCAACAAUCUCAAACAAGAUUCCAAAUCUGUGCUUGAUUAUUUCACUGAAUUACGUGGUUUGUGGGAGGAAUUAAACUCUCAUAGACCAAUUCCCAUUUGCACUUAUCCUCAGCAAUGCAGAUGCGAAGCUAUGCGUAGUGCUCGUGAAUUUCGUCUCGAGGAUCAAAUCAUUCAAUUUCUCACAGGUUUGAAUGAUACUUUUUAUGUCAUCAAAACUCAAGUUCUAUUAAUUGAUCCUCUCCCUUCUAUAAAUAGAGUUUACUCUAUGGUUAUACAAGAAGAGAGUAAUAAUGUUUCCCUAGUUCCUAAGCCCAAUUUUGCUAAAAAGCAAACAUCUGCUAACGCCUCUAGUGCAGCUACCGGUGAUACUCAGUCUUUGGUUCAUGUUGGUGAAGAGGCUUCUACACCUAGCCAUGGUGCCAGUAUCACUCAGGAGCAAUAUGCUCAAUUGAUUGGCUUGCUACAACAAACGAAUUUGCUGCCUCCUUCACAAACCACAUCCUCUACUACCAAUGACAUCUCUACUCAUUCUGGUCAUUCACCAAAUGAGACUUCAGGAGCCAAUGAUCAUGGGUGUUCUUCCUUACACUGGUUCAGUUCCUAUCACAAAAUUCCACCCGUCAAUGAUGUGAGAACCAAGAAGAUGAUUGGUUUGGCAAGGAAGUUUGAAGGAUUAUACAGACUCAUGACUGAUGCUGGAUGUCUUACUGAACCAUUCUCUUCAUCACAAAUCACCAGUUCUAGUACUUCUUUGUGUAACACACCUCAUUCUUCUAUUUCCAUGAAUAAUUGUAAAGUAAUACCUAAACAAGCCAUUUGGCAUUUUAGACUUGGCCAUUUAUCCCAUGAUAGGUUAUCUCAAAUGGCUCAUAUGUACCCAACCAUUUUCAAUGAUAAUAAAGAAGUUUGUGAUGUUUGCCACUUUGCCAAACACAAGAAAAAUCCUUUUAGUCUCAGUCAGUCUCGAGCUACUCAGCCUUAUGAGCUUUUGCAUUUUGACAUAUGGGGUCCUGUCUCCAUUAGUUCCAUAGAUAAUCAUAUAUACUUCUUAACUAUUGUUGAUGAUUAUAGUAGGUUUGUCUGGCUCGUAUUGCUUAAGUCAAAAGCAAAAGUUUCUAACCAUGUUAAACAAUUUAUCACUCUUAUAGAAAAUCAACACCACACUCGCCCUAAGUUUGUUAGGACAGAUAAUGGACCUGAACUUCUCAUCCCUCAAUUUUAUACUUCAAAGGGAAUAGUCCACCAAAGAUAUUGGGUAGAAUCUCCCCAGCAAAAUGCUCGUGUGGAGAGAAAGUAUCAACAUCUUAUUAAUGUAGGGAGAGCUCUUAUUUUUCAAUCUAACCUUCCCAAAUCCUUUUGGUCUUAUGCUGUCAAUUAUGGAGCUUAUAUUAUCAAUAGAGUCAAUACACCUUUACUUAAUAAUCACUCCCCUUAUCAUAUGCUCCAUCAGUCACCACCUGACAUUAGCCAAAUUAAGAUCAAGCAUAAGUCUGAUGGAAGUAUUGAACGUUUUAAAGCACGCCUGGUCGCAAAAGGGUAUAAUCAGAUUGAAGGCCUUGACUAUUCAGACACGUUUUUACCUGUUGCUAAGCUUACAACUGUCAGACUCGUGCUAGCCCUAGCUUCCAUUAACAACUGGAACCUUCAUCAGUUGGACGUCAAUAAUGCAUUUCUGCAUGGUGAUUUGCAUGAAGAUGUGUAUAUGGCAUUCAAGAUCAAAGAUCUUGGUAUUCUCAAAUAUUUCCUUGGUUUGGAAGUGGCUCAUUUGAGCAAAGGAUUUUUAGGUUCUAAACCAGCUACCACACCUUAUGAUCCUUCCAUCAAAUUGUGUCAUGACAAUAACCCACCAUAUGAUGACAUUCCUUCCUAUAAGAGAAUUAUUGGAAGAUUGAUAUACCACAAUACCAAUCGACCAGAUAUCACAUUCAUAACUCAGCAACUUAGCUAG